AUGUACACGCUCGCCAACAUCGCGACGCAGCGCUUCUCGGGCCCCGAAGAGACAUACGUGCUCGGUGUGGACCGCACGGAGGCCGGGCUCGCCGCCAUCUCCUCGGACCAGCAGCUGACGCUGCUCAGCCCGGCACGCCUCGGCGGCGGCGCCGUGGCCUCGUGGCAGACCCAGCACGGCAGCCUGACCAGCCUGCGGGUGCUGGACGCGAGCCGCUCGCUGGCGUGCACCGCAGGCGAGGACGGCACGGUGAGCGUGUGGGAUCUACGGCUUCGCGGGGCGGCGGCCCGCGUCGCCCAGUUCAGCGGCACGUCGUCGCCCGUGCUGUCGCUGGCGUGCUGCGCGUCGACGCACACCGUCGCCGUGGGGACCGAGCUGCAGGGCCAGACGGCGUCCAUCCUGCUCUGGGACGUGCGCGGCGGCGGCGGCGCGCGCGCGCACUACCGGGAAGUCCAUAGCGACGACGUGACGGCGCUGGCGUUCCAUCCUGCGCAGCCGGCGGUGCUGCUGAGCGGGUCGACCGAUGGCCUGGUCAACGUCUACGACACGCGCAUCGCCGACGAGGACGACCUCACGCUGCGGACGUUUAAUCACAACGCGUCCAUCCACCGUGCUGGGUUCCUGACGGGGACCGAGGUCGUGGCGCUGUCGCACGACGAGCAGUUCGCGCUGUAUGACCUGGACGCCGGGGCCGAGGACCGCGACGCCGCCCAGUCUUGGGGCGACCUGAGGACCGUCCUGGGGUGUCAGUACGUUGCGGACGCGAUGGGCAAGACGGACGGGAGCGGCGUGAUUGUUGGCGCCGGCGCACAAGACAAGCAUAUUUUCGAACUUGUUUUCCUGGCGAGGAACCAGGGCCUCGGGCCAAAGUGGGUGUUUGACAAGGAGAAUAGCGUGGGAUUGCCCGGGGCGCACGGGGGCGAGAUUGUGCGCUCGUUUUGCUUCUUUGACGACGCGCAGGUCGUAUUCACGGCUGGCGAGGACGGGAACGUCAAGGCCUGGAGGGGGAACUAG